CUCGUCUUCAUCUUGGUACAAAAGAUUUCAUUUCGGCACAACGGCACAACGGCACAUCGGGCAGUUUGAAUUUUAUCAUGUAUCUGUUGAUACAAAGACAGUGAGCUCCAUAAAAUCUGGUUUGCUCGGCAUUAUCAUCAAGAAACUUUUGAGUAUUGCAUCAAAUUACUAUACUAUAAUGGAUGUCGCGGCGAAGAGAGCUAAAUUAUCCCCCGAAGAAUUGUCCGACAAUAUAUUAAAUGACCUCCACUACGCUGCCAAAAAUGGUAAUGCUAAGAUGGUUAAACGUUUGUUGAGCUCGGGAUGCGAUGUCGACAUGAAAGACGCAUUCUGGACAACUGCUCUGAUGUUAGCAGUGGAUGGCUCGCAUGAAAGUACGAUAGCAGUUCUGUUGAAAUUUAACGCCGACAUCUAUGCAAAAGACAAAUUCGAGAGGAGUGUGCUGCAAAGAGUCUUCGGAUUGAGCAUAACGCGUAAAACCAUUAUUUUGAUGUUUUUAGAGAUCUUUAAGAGGGGAUGCAAUAACAGUGAAGAAAUAGCGAUGAAAUUAAUGGAAGUUGGCUGUCCAUUGUACUGGGCCAUACUUUUAAGUGACACGGAAGUGACAAGAUUCAUGCUGGACUCGGGUUAUGUCAUUGAUGGGCACGACACGUACAGACCAAAACCAGCUCUUCACGUAUCUUUGGAAUUGAGGGAUUUUGCAAAUGCCAAACUGCUGCUUGAGUAUAAUGCUGACGUUCACGCGAUAGAUGUGACGGGAAGGACUGCACUGGCUUGCUUGGGUUCCUUUGACGAUUCUAACGAAGAACUAGAGGUGUUAGAAAUAUUAAUCAAUCGACACAUGAACGAGCCCUCUAGAAGCAAUUCUUAUAAAUUAGCGCAGCUUCGCACAUUACUGAAAUACGGACAAGUGAGAGCCCUGAAAAUGCUUCUCGGACGUAGGAUCAACUGGUGCGCCGAGGAUUUCUAUCUGAAAACUCCGCUGCACUAUCUCAUGACCAACACACUCUUGCGCAACAAUCCACAUCUGGUUUACCUUAUGCAACUUAGCAGUCUCUAUAACGUACCGGGCAAUAUAUUAUCAUUGGCUGCGCUACGUGGUUUCACGAGUUUCGUGGAAGUGAUGUUGAAGAAAGGGGCGGACCCUAACGAUCAAUGCGAGAAGGGAAACACACCCUUGCUGGACGUCUGCUUGAGCACAACAUAUUGGCUGGACCGAAGGGAAGUCAUUUCUUUACUUCUCAUGUAUAACGCGGAUCCUACGAUAGUUAAUUACGAAGGUGAAUCGGUCUUAGACGUUGACUUGGACGUCAAUUAUAAAUUCCAAUUGAUCAAGUGUAUAAUUGGGCAGUUAGUUAUGAUGGAAUUGCGGGGCGUUGAGAUCCCCCUCCAAAUUCGCAGACAGAUUUUUUCGGAAAAUAAAACCAGGAAAGAAUAUUUAUUGAGCAGGUCGCAGCUCGAAAGACUUCGGCACUCCUUUGUCGGCGAUUCGAUACGCAUUUUCGAACUUUUUACAACAAGUGUGAACACCAUUGCACUUUAUAUUCGUGAUCGAACGUUCGUCAGCGACAUGAGGAGAAUUCGCUACUCUACUCUGAAUUUUUAUUUCUCGUUUGUUUUGAAAAAAAAAUUUAAGGCUGCAAAUCAUCGUAAAAUCACGCUUGAUCGUAUUCGCAGAAAAACGGGAUUUCAUUAUGAUUUCUACCCUACAAUUGUAGAUACAAUAUGCAAUUAUCUACUUCUUGAUUAGCGUUCUCCAAAUACCUAUUUGGAGUUUUACAACAAACAUAUCUCAUGACUUCAAUAAUCAUAAUACUUUUCCAUGUAUAUUUACUAAGACAAUAUUGCAAAUGCAUUGUAAUCAUUUAAGUUACAAAAUCUCUUAUCAACUAACAAAUUCAGAUAUCUUCUGAUUU